AUGUUCAUAAAGAGUGUAAAACAGAAGGUAAACCGAUUCUGCUCCCGGUCACUGACGCGUGCGGACGCAGGAUGGUUGGCUCCGAGCGAGCUGCGACAGCGGUCGUCAACGGCCGUGGUAGCCCGUCGUUUUCCGUGCCCAAAGGACUACAGGAUUAUUUUGCCCAACGUUUCAUCAGGUGAAGCUAUGAAGCGUGCAGUCAUGCUGCACUGCGACAUCUCAGGUCGUCCAUAUCGCAUCGAAGACUUUCGAAAGCCCUUACAAGACGCCGGCGUCAUCAAGGACGUUGCUGUAAUAGGUGCCUACCAGAUGUCCCACGUCUGGCUCGUUAACCUGCGGACGGAUGAAGCGAAAAAGAAGCUUAUAGAAGCAGGAAGGUUGGUCGUCAAGGAUCGUCUUUGCAUCGUCAUCGAUCCCAACAGGCAAGAGGUGCUUCUGAAGUUGCAUUGGGUGGCUUUGGAUGUCACGAGCGAUAACAUUCGGAGGGCAUUCAGUGAAUACGGCGAAGUGAAGGAAGUGACCAAUGACAGGUGGAAAGCAGAGGGCUUCGAAUGUGCUGACUCACUGACAAAGUUUGUGCGAUUGUUUUUGAAAGAGGGUAUCGCACUGGACAACAUUCCGCACCAGAUGCGCCUGGGCAGCGGUACAGUGCUCAUUGUGGCGCCAGGACGAGCCCCGCUUUGCCUUCGUUGCAAGCACACGGGUCAUAUACGGCGUGAUUGCAGGGUACCGAAGUGCGCCGAAUGUCAUGCGUUUGGCCAUGGACAGGAGGCAUGUACUCGCAGCUACGCCAAAGCCGUGGGCAGAUCUACAGUUGUAGACCAAAGCCAGCUUGUCAUGGACGAGGAAGAGGCAGAGCAAGCUGCGGCACCUGCGACAGCCGACAAGAGCGGAACCGAUCAGGGAGCUGACAAGGAAGUCCGCGUCUCGGGGCUGCAGACGCCGGCCACGACGGUGUCCAGCGUUGGUGAGCACCAAGAGACUGCUAAAACGAACGCGGUUGGCGUUGGUCCGGUGCUCCAGGAUGAGGGCCCCACGGGAGAGUCCUCGGACGCGACCAGCGUCUCUCAAGCGCAGCAGGCAGCAAGCAUAAAGCCAGCGGUCGACGAAAGUGCUUUGGGAAAUAUGGACGCGGAGACAACCCCGGCAAAGCGUCGCCAUGACGACGUGAGUGCGGUGUCGCAGGAGGAGCGUCUGAGACAGGUCGAAGCUUCGCUGGAAGCGAAUGGGGUGAAGAAGAAACCUCGCAGCGCCGUUCGGACGCGCGCGUCGUCCCUGACAAGGGGCGGCAAAGAGGUGAACUCUUAG